GAGCAGGCAAGCAGUUGAACAAACCAAGAAGCUGAAGAUUGGACAUAUCCGCCACACCUCAAGACCGAAAGUGAGAGAGAGACUGAGAGCUUCCCAGUUUUCACAGAAGGCAGAUAUCCGGUUAUCUACUCUGACUACGUUCCUGCUUCGUUUGUUUGUUCCGGUGUGUGUUCUGUGAAGAAGUCAUGAAGACCCCAUUUUGGACCCUGCUGCUCUUAUGCCUGUGCUCCUCGGGUCACAGCGACUGCCAGGGGGACUGUUUAACCUGUGGACUCAUCCUACCUGAACAACAAGCGUUUAACACAUUGGUAUGUAUCCUGGAAUGUGAGUCACAGGCGUCUCCUGCAUUGACCUGGGAUUUGUGUUACCAGGCAGCAGGUCUGAACCAGCUUCCACUACCAUUACAGGAGGAGAAAACAUCAAAGCGCUCUGAUGAUGAAGCGGAGCCUCUGGCCACAGUGAGCAUAGAAAAUGACAAUGGUGUUGAGUAUACUGAGGCUUUGGAGCGGUUUCGACACGCCGCGCAAGCGCUCCGCAGCCAGCAGCCUUCAGAGGAGGAGGAGAAACUGGAAAUUUCAUAUGACCCAGACCUUGACCCAAGGACAGAGGAGGACCAGGAUGGCGUAGGAGAAGAGAAGAGCGGUGAAGCAGCCGUAAGCAUAUCCAAGCGAUUUGGAGGCUUUAUGAAAGGUCGUCACGGUUUCCGGAAGUUGGUGAGCUCCGGAAGGCCUUUGCAGAAACGCUACGGUGGCUUCAUAGGGAUAAGGAAAUCUGCCCGCAAGUGGAACAACCAGAAACGCGUGAGUCAGCUACUGAGGCAGUACCUGAGCUUGACAGGUCGCUCGGGGCGUUCGGGUCACAUCAGCAACCUCUCCACCAGAAACCGAAGACAGAGUGAAGUUUAGCCGGCCUUAGAGCACAGGCCCUGGUCUUUUCACUUACCUCAGCUCAACUGCUCAUCAGCCAUCAGUAACUGUGAACAUCUAUCAUGCACCACAGGCCAGAACUAGCUAAAUCUGUGUUUAAUCAAAGAAGAGGAAUAUUUUGUAUAGCGUUGGUUUUUAUCAUUGACAUUUCCAUGGUGCCGUUCCUGACAUCAAAAACAUCUCAAUCAAGUCGUUAGGACAAAUGUUGCUGAUGAGAACUGAUUGUUCAUUGCAGAAUCAAAACUCCUAGAAUUAACCUUGAAGCAUUGUGAAAAAAAUAAAAGGCAAAGCAGUGAAACUUGAAUUGAGCGCGUGAAUCAGUUACAAAUGAGAGCAGUGGCUUGUAGUGGAGUAUGGGGCUUUCUUGUUCUGUUUGAGAGAAAAGCACUUUAUAUUUUAACCUCGCACACUGUGUUGUGCUAAGAUUCGUUGUUUUGCACGCAGCCUUGAUGUAUAGAACUGUUUUAAAAAUUUAAUAGAGCAAUCAAACGAGUUCUAACAAAAUCAAUAUUCAAAGAACGAUAACCUCUAUGGGCUGGUUGACGUUUUUGGAUCAAUGCUGCCCUCUGGAGUGUACACUCGAAAUUAUGCUCCGAAAAACCCUGACAACAUCACUGAAAAUAGUCGGCAACUUUAGGCUUUAUUAUCAAAACCUCGGUCCGUGCAUGUUAGCCAAACAGAAGACGCUGGGGUGGCUUUCUGCCAAUGGAAUGAGUCUGAGGGCGGGAUUACCCAUUUGUCCUAACAAUAUAAGAUUUGACUUGUUCAGAAAAUCAGUUUAAAAACAAAACUUCAGUCAUUAUUAUUGCAAAUCAGUUUGGUGCCAAAAAUGGCACCGGUUUGGUUCAGCUUGAUGGUAAUGGAAUUUCGGUUUAUCGCGUGUUCCAGCAUUCUGCAUUUGUUUGUGCAUGAGAAUAUACAUCUGACUUCAUCUUUAGUGCUUGACCCCCCUCACCCCACCCCCACAUUAUGAGUUAUGAAAACUGACACCCCACAUGUAAAGAAAGAACUAGCAGAUAGGCUUUCAGUGUACUUUACAGUAUUCUUCAUAUAAAUGUACAGUUUUGUGUUUUGUGUGUGUAGACAUCUUGGAUUUGUGAAUAUUUUUCAUUUCAAACACAUUCUGCAAGCAUUUUCGGAAAGUUUUUUUUUUCUAUUUAAUCCUUUCCACUUGUACAUGAAAUGCACACAAAAGGCCAAUAAAAUAAUUUUACGAUU